CUCUGCUUGGCUCCGCCUGGGCCGGCAGGAUCCGCAUCGGCGAGCAGCGCUCCCGGGUGUCGGCCGCGCCGGCUGCGGGACCGUGAGGCGCUGUGACAAGUCAGCUCAGGCAAGCGUGAAGCGGCCGCGACCCCUCGGGCGCUCCGGAGCCCACCGCACUGUUCGCAUUUUAGUUGAGGCACCGGUACCCUUGCCUGCAUGGACGCGGCGCUGAAGCGGAGCCGUUCGGAGGAGCCCGCCGAGCUCCCGCCCCCUGCCCGGGACGUGGGGGAGGAAGAGGAGGAAGAAGGGAUGGAACAGGGGCUGGAGGAGGAGGAGGAGGUGGACCCUCGAAUCCAGGGAGAACUGGAGAAGUUAAAUCAAUCCACGGAUGAUAUCAACAGACGAGAGACUGAACUCGAGGACGCUCGCCAGAAAUUUCGCUCUGUUCUAGUUGAAGCCACAGUGAAACUGGACGAACUGGUGAAGAAAAUCGGCAAAGCUGUGGAAGAUUCAAAGCCCUACUGGGAGGCACGGAGAGUGGCAAGACAGGCUCAGCUGGAAGCUCAGAAAGCCACACAGGACUUCCAGAGGGCCACUGAGGUGCUCCGUGCUGCCAAGGAGACCAUCUCUCUGGCCGAGCAGCGGCUGCUGGAAGAUGACAAGCGGCAGUUCGACUCAGCCUGGCAGGAGAUGCUGAAUCACGCCACUCAGAGGGUCAUGGAGGCGGAGCAAACCAAGACCAGGAGCGAGCUGGUGCACAAGGAGACGGCAGCCAGGUACAACGCUGCCAUGGGCCGCAUGCGGCAGCUGGAGAAGAAGCUCAAGAGAGCCAUCAACAAGUCCAAGCCUUAUUUUGAACUCAAGGCAAAGUACUACGUGCAGCUUGAGCAACUGAAGAAGACUGUGGAUGACCUGCAGGCCAAACUGGCCCUGGCAAAAGGCGAGUACAAGACAGCCCUGAAGAACCUGGAGAUGAUCUCAGAUGAGAUCCACGAGCGGCGUCGCUCCAGUGCCAUGGGGCCCCGGGGCUGUGGCGUUGGGGCCGAGGGCAGCAGCACGUCUGUGGAGGAUCUGUCUGGGAAUAAGCCUGAGCCAGAUGCCAUUUCUGUGGCCUCGGAGGCCUUUGAAGAUGACAACUGCAGCAACUUUGUAUCUGAAGAUGACUCGGAAACUCAGUCCGUGUCCAGCUUUAGUUCAGGACCAACAAGCCCAUCUGAGAUGCCUGACCAGUUCCCUGCAGUUGUGAGGCCUGGCAGCCUGGACCUGCCCAGCCCUGUGUCCCUGUCAGAGUUUGGGAUGAUGUUCCCAGUGUUGGGCCCUCGCAGUGAAUGCAGUGGAGCCUCCUCCCCUGAAUGCGAGGUAGAACGAGGAGACAGAGCAGAAGGGGCAGAGAAUAAAACAAGUGACAAAACCAACAACAAUCGGGGUCUUAGCAGUAGCAGCAGCAGUGGCAGCAAGAGCCACAGCACAGGCACCGAGGGCCAGGCCAUGGAGACCCGGAUGAAGCAGCUCUCCCUCCAGUGCUCCAAGGGAAGAGAUGGAAUCAUCGCCAACAUAAAAAUGGUGCAAAUUGGCUGAUCCCUGCAGGGUCCUGGUCCACAUGCAUUAUCGAUAUUUAUACAUGAAACUGUAUGGAGAAGAUUGUGCCAAUAAUCAUUUAAUAUAUGCCAAAUCUUAAGCGUUUACUCCAAACUGCACUAAUGAAGUUUCAGUGACCUUGAGGGCUGAAGAUUCUUCCUGAAAGCUCUUGGGCUGGUUUGUUUUUCAGAGCAGAGGAGUUGUUACAGAUGGACUUGUGACCAGACUCAUGGCUUUUGUGGAAAGUUCCCUGUAGCGACACUGUGGAAGCAAUAACUAGUUCCUAUGAAGGAAGCUGAGCCAGGAAGGGUAUUGGGAAGCUAAGCCAAAUCAUGGUCAACAGCUUGGUUCUCUUUCCCUUCUCUCAAGCUCAGUUUGGAAAAAUGGAGAUAUUCUCUCUCCUUUCUAUUCCAGGAGAGCUAGGUGA